CAGAGUCAGAGACAGAGUGCACGAUUAAUGAGCUCUGAUAUCUGAGCUCAGAAUGAAGAUCCUCCUCAUCUUCACCCUCUUCCUGAUUUCAGUAGGUGGAGGAGAAUCAGAGAGAGUGACAGGAUAUUCAGGAGGAGGAGUCCUUAUCAACUGCGCAUAUAAGACAAACUUCACAUCAAACCCAAAAUAUUUCUGUAAGGGUUCAUGGUCAAACUGUGCUGACCAGAUCAGAACAAGAGUUAAAAAUGAGUGGAUAAAUAGAGGAAGAUUCUCACUGUUUGAUGACACCAGAGCUGCAGUGUUCAUGGUGAAUAUCAGUGAGCUCACUGUGGAAGACUCUGGAACGUACUACUGUGGAAUCGAUAUAUUUUUUGACUAUGACGUCUACACAACAGUGGAGUUGAAUGUAAACGGAGGAACCCAAGCUGGGCAACCCAUAUGGCCACGUCAUCUGGGUCCAUCAACAUCUUCUGCAUCUCCAACAGGUCUGGCUGUGUACUCCGCUAUCGGUGCUGGUUUGGUCUUGAUGACUGCUGCUCUGAUUACAGCAAUUUAAUGCAAAAUAAAAGGCAAAGAUUCAGAAACAAUGACAAGAUCUUCCAGAGAG